AUGGCACCCAACAAUGAAUCUUCCCCUCUUCUGCCCAGAGAGCCCGCCGUUGAGCGGUACUCGCCUCUGUACGACGAGAGCAAGGGCAUGCCCGAGGACGAGGGCGCUCUCUUCGACACGACGGACAUUCUCCGCGACGUCAUCAUCGGCUUCUCCGACGGCCUGACGGUGCCCUUCGCCCUCACCGCCGGCCUGUCGAGCCUAGGCAGCAGCAAGAUCGUCAUCAUGGGUGGCCUCGCGGAGCUCUUCUCCGGCAUGAUCUCCAUGGGCCUCGGCGCGUACCUGGCCGCCGUGACGGAGCGCGACCACUACACCUCGCAGGAGGCGCGGGAGCUUGACCAGGUCGACGCUAUGCCUGAGGCGCGCCGCGCCGAGGUCUACACGAUCCUCGAAAAGUACGCCGUCCCCCGCGCGGCCGCGCAGCCGCUCGUCGACGAGCUGUGCCGCAACCGCGCGCACUGGGCGCGCUUCAUGGUCGACUUCUCGCUGCGCCUCGAGCGCCCCAACAUCCACCGCGCCUGGAUCUCGGGCGUCACCAUGGGCCUCAGCUACCUCGUCGGCGGCCUAAUCCCAAUGAUCCCCUACUUCAUCAUGCCCAAGGUCGGCGAGGCGUUCGUCGUCUCCAUCGCCGUCACGGCGGUCAUCCUGCUCAUCUUUGGCUACGUCAAGAACUACGUGGCCAUCCGCAACCACCGCGCCGGCUUGUGGGGUGCCAUCCAGACACUCAUCAUCGGCGUGCUGGCCGCGGGCACGAGCUACCUCAUCAUCAAGGCCCUGGAUUCUUAA